CUCAGCAAUGAUCAACAUCAUUUCCCUUCUCUGUUGUUACAACACUGCAGGGAUCCAGGCAAAUUGAGAUCAUUGAGCUGUGAAUUGCAAGAUUUGAUCUUUGAGCCCAGGAUCCUUUGAUCGUUCAUCAGAGUAGAAAUUCUUUUUAAGAAUGGAUGCCGAUCAUGGGAUUGCUGGAGUCAAGUACGAGUGCUUGCUUUUUGAUAUGGAUGACACUCUCUACCCAAUGAGCAUGGGUUUAAAUUUGCAAUGUCGUCAUAACAUAGAAGAUUAUAUGUUGGAGCACUUGCAUAUUGAAGAAAGUGAAGUACCAAAGAUGUGCCUGGAUCUGUACAAGGAAUAUGGGACAACUAUGGCAGGAUUGAAGCUCCUUGGUUAUGAGUUUGACAAUGAUGAGUUUCAUGCUUACGUUCAUGGAAGAUUACCAUAUGAGAAACUGAAGCCUGAUCCAGUGUUAAGGAACCUUCUUCUUUCCAUGCCUCAGCGCAAAAUUAUUUUCACCAAUGCAGAUCAAGCACAUGCAGCUCAAGUUCUCAACAGAUUAGGUUUGGAAGAUUGUUUUGAGGGAAUUAUAUGCUUUGAAACUCUUAAUCCUCCCAAAGAACCUAAGGAUGAUGAUGAUAUGGUCAUAGAGAGUGCAGAAUUUAAUAAUGACAAUAAUUUAAGGGACUCACAUAUCAUAUGCAAACCAUCCCUUGAAGCCUUUGAAGCUGCCAUUAGAAUAGCUAAUGUUGAUCCAAAUAAAACAAUUUUCUUUGAUGACAGUACUAGAAAUAUUGAAACCGGAAAAGCAGCUGGACUUCAAACUGUCAUAGUGGGGCGAUCGGAUUUGGUGCCUGGUGCCGACCAUGUUCUAAGCAGCAUUCACAAUAUCAAAGAAGCAAUACCUGAAAUAUGGGAGGUUGAAGUAGACAACAUAAAGGGAAGGAUCCAGUCUCAAGGACUUGAAGCCAUGGUCCUUGCAUAAAUGUUUUGCUUGGAUCAAAUGUUUUAGUAAAGUUGGUCAAGCAAAUCAAGGGUUUCUAGCUUAGCUCAGAGUUCUGUCCACCUACAUUUACUACAACUUCACCACUGUAAUUGUAUCCACAGAAUGGUGAUCCUUAAAUAGGUUAAUCUUGCAAUUAGCAACUAUGAAAUGGAUAUUGGAAACUAGUAAAUGUAAACCAUGUAAGCAAAAGAUAGGUAAUUACUAUAAAGGUUUGGUACAAGCUUAGUUAUACAAAAUAUGCAUGUAUGUAUGUAUUCUCUUCUAAAUGAAAUUGCAGUGCCUGGUCCCUCAGUUACAUGUUUUUUUU